AUGCAGCUGUCCCCGAAGAAGCAGCUCAGCGUGCUAUGCAGGAGCUUCCAAGAGAUCAGCCACUACACCGGCGGCUUCCGGCCACCCAUCCACCCGGGGCAGCCGGACACCUUCACCAUCGUGCGGCGCAUGCUGCCGGGGCCGUUCACCCUCAUCAUGCCGGCCAGCAAAAACCUUCCGAGCAUAACAGUUGACUUGGAACGCGGCAAGAAGCAGCAGCGCAAGUCCGUUGGCAUGCGCAUGCCGGACGACCGCGUAUGCCGCGCGCUGCUGGAGGAGUUUGGGGGUUGCCUGCUGAGCCACAGCGUGCACGUGCCAGAGCACCUUGACAGCGAAACGGAGGUACCUGACCCCGGCACUUUGAUGGACAUGUAUGGGAACACAGGAAUCGACUUCAUUGUGGACACAGGGCCGCGCGUUGCGACCGCUUCCACGGUAAUCGACCUCACAGGGGUGGAGCCGGUGCUGGUGCGGCAGGGCAAGGGCGAUGCAUCACAGCUGGUCGGCGCCGGGUAG